AUUCCCCGGAUUAUCAACCUCCCUCACUUUUUGGUGACCUUUUCCCCACGGUAUUGUACUGCAUUGUUAGAUUUGUACAAAAGCGGUUCCAUUCCUACUCUCUAUCUUUAACGCAUUAUACCCUCAUACUAUCCUGGCCCCGACUGUCCGAUAGAUUAUUCGCGUGACAUCCUCCCCCAUUCCGACUCGCCGAACUGGACUUUCAGUUUGGACACGUGCUCCAAGUCUGUUAUUGUUCCGGAGAAUGUCCAUUGUGAUUCUUUCUUUAUAAUAUCCGGUUCCAGUUGAAAGAACUCCCUUGCGGCAACAAACUCGCAACACAUUCGCAGAUGGACCAAGCCGCGCAGCCGAGGUCUGCGCGAGGACCGGCAUCCGCCACCACGAGCAGUCAGACGACCGCAGCGACAGAUCCCACGACCCGAGUCGACGACCCUUCGUCUACACACAAGAGUGCGAGCGACCCGGGGGAACACAAGGCGAUCGACAAGCGUAGUGCGGGCUACAUCGCAAGAAGUGGCGUUGCGGGGGGGUUAGCAGGGUGUGCGGCCAAAUCUGUGGUGGCACCGCUCGACCGGGUGAAGAUCUUAUUUCAAGCCUCCAACCCCCAGUUUGCAAAAUACAGUGGCAGCUGGUUCGGCCUGGUAGCAGCCGUCCGGGAGAUCAAGCACCAUGAGGGUCUGCGGGGUCUUUUUAAGGGGCACUCGGCGACGCUUCUCCGCAUCUUCCCCUAUGCAGGCAUUAAGUUCCUUGCGUACGAGCAGAUUCGGGCGGUGGUGAUCCCGUCUCGCGACAAGGAAACGGCCUUUCGCCGGCUGGCCUCGGGCAGUCUGGCCGGAACCACGUCGGUGUUUUUCACAUACCCCCUCGAGUUAAUACGGGUGCGACUGGCCUUCGAGACUAAACGGACGUCGCGAUCAUCCUUGAGGGACAUCGUCCGGCAGAUCUACCGAGAACAGCCUGUGCAGCCCAAGGCCCCUCCGCCCUCGUCGGCGACCGCAACGGCAGCGGGGCAUGCUUCGGCUGUCGUGCACAACGCUAUGCCUUCUUCCGGCCUGGCCAACUUCUACCGGGGAUUCGUCCCGACACUCUUAGGCAUGCUCCCGUACGCGGGCGUGUCGUUCCUCACCCAUGACACUGUCGGCGACUGGCUCCGCUCGCCUUCCCUCGCCGAACACACCACCAUCCCGGGCUCAGAAUCUUCCCGCAGAGGAUCACGACGACCACAACUGACCGCCGCCGCCGAGCUCUUCUCCGGGGCCCUGGCCGGUCUCGUCUCCCAAACCUCAUCAUACCCGCUCGAGGUGAUGCGGCGACGGAUGCAAGUCGGCGGCGUGGUCGGUGACGGCCGCCGGCUGGGGAUCCUUGAAACCGCGCGGACAAUCUGGCUCGAGCGCGGGUUCCGAGGGUUCUGGGUCGGGCUGACCAUCGGAUACGUCAAGGUGAUCCCAAUGGUAGCCACUGGCUUCUUCGCCUACGAGCGGUUGAAAUGGGCUUUUGGGAUUUGAGUGGGUUAUUCGCCCUCCUCCCCUGGUCUGGUUUCCUCGGUUCUGUUCAGAUCUUGUCUAGAAAUGUUGGGGCGUCUUGGUUGUUCGACUCGGACCGUUACAUCGUUGUUCAUCAUACCCGUUUCUUGCAUUGUGGCUAAGUUCAUUGCGUACAUAGUUUUCCUACGGCUGUUGCCUCAUAAAUGUAUAGACUCAUAUUGUUCUUUUCUCUUUUUUUAUAUACU